ACAAAGGCAUUGUUAUUCAUAGAAUGCGUGAGCUGGCGAUUCCUGGGCGCCGCGUGUGAGCAGCGGGAAAUCUCGCUCGAGACUGCUGCUGCAGGCUUCCACCAAUACUAUACGAUAUGAUGUGGCCAUGACAAGGUCUCUGUAUUUUUUCUUAGGCCCCAACAAUUCGUUUUGAAGCGCCGUCGUACGCCGCCGCAUGCGGAAUGGCCGCCGGUAUAGGCUGCGCGCCCGCUUGUUCUCGCCCUCUCCUGUGCCCCUCCCACCCGUUCUUUGCUCCUAGGAAAGUCAAAAUGGGCGGCGAGAACGUGCGCCUCUUCGUUAAGGGCCACAUUCUGGGCUACAAGCGGUCCAAGGCCAACCAGCAGAACCACACCGCGCUGCUGAAGGUGGACGGCGUGGCUACCAAGAAGGAGGUGGCUUGGUACCUGGGCAAGCGCAUUGCCUACAUCUACAAGGCCAAGAACGAGAAGCAGGGCACCAAGUUCCGGUGCAUUUGGGGCCGUGUUAUGCGUGCGCACGGCAACGUCGGCGUGGUGAAGGCCAAGUUCUCUUCCAACCUGCCCCCGAUCAGCCUGGGCGGCGCCGUCCGUGUGAUGCUCUACCCCAGCCGCGUAUGAUGGACCGCCGGCGGAGAGCGAUGGGCUUGGGAGGCUGUUUCGGGCGGUCGCUGUUGAGCGGAGCCAUGUAACACCGUUUUAGU